ACUCAGAUUUAGAACAAGAUCAUUAACCAUCACAGCAACCCAUAUCAACCAAUCGUUUCGACUUCAACCGCAUCUACGGAGGCCGUUUAACUUUAUUCGCUUCAGUAUCGUUUUACAGGAAACUGUGUUUUUUCUAAUCUGCUAGUAUUAAAGUCAUUUCCGUUUCUAAUUCUUGUCCACAAUAAAACACGAGACCCAUGCACGCAUCUCCCUCCAGCACUCAACUAUUAAUAAAGGAAUUGAGCCAACCAACCGCGAGCUCCUACACACGCCAGUUAGUAUUCAUGAAGAGGCCACCACCAUCAGCAAGCGCAGAACCACAUCCACAAGCUUUGCCACCGACUCCUACUCGCCCGAGAUGGAGCUUCGAUGUUGCUAAAACCAUGCUCGCCGAGCUCAAGUCACAGCGCGGCAUCGCGCUUCCACUGGCUGGCAUGAACCUGACGUGGUUCGCCAAGAUAACCGUCACCACGGCUUUCCUCGGCCGGCUUGGCGAGCUCGAGCUCGCCGCCGGCACUAUUGGCUUCACCUUCGCCAACGUCACUGGCUUCUCCGUCCUCACGGGCCUCAGCGCCGCAAUGGAGCCCCUGUGCGGACAGGCCCAUGGGGCCCGCAACCGCGCUCUCCUCCGCAAGACCCUCCUCAUGACCACCACCCUCCUUCUCGCUGCCUCAAUCCCAAUCGCCCUCCUUUGGCUCAACGUAGACCGCCUCCUCCUCCGCUUCGGCCAGCAGCGCGACAUCGCGCGCCUCGCCAAGCGAUACGUCCAGCAUCUCCUCCCCGACCUCGCCGUGACCUCAUUCCUCUGCCCCCUCAAGGCCUACCUCAGUUCGCAGGGCAUCACACUUCCUACUCUCUUCAGCUCGGCCGCCGCGCUCGCAGUCCACGUCCCCCUCAACCUGCUGUUCUCCCGGGCCAAGGGAAUCGAGGGCGUGGCGAUGGUCAUCUGGCUCACCGACCUCGCGGUCGCGAUCAUGCUGGCGUCAUACGUGGGGAUAACAGAAUGGGGCAAGGGGGACGGCAGCGCAGAGGCCAAGGGGUGCGGCAGCGGAGAGGCCAAGCAAGGGCCGCGGUGGUGGGAACAGAGCGCGGCUGAGUGGGGAACGCUGCUUCGGAUCGCAGCGCCCUGCUGCCUGACCACGUGCCUCGAGUGGUGGUGCUACGAGAUCUUGGUCUUACUCACCGGCCGGCUCCCCGACCCGCGGCAGAUGUUGUCGGUCAUCGCAGUCGUGCUUAACUUCGACUACCUCCUUUACUCGGCGAUGCUCUCGCUGGCGACGUGCGCGUCGACGCGGGUGUCCAACGAACUCGGGGCGGGGAGGCCAGGCAACGCCCGGAGCGCGGCGUAUGUAUCCAUCGGGGUAAGCGUCUUCGCCGGAUUGUGCGGUGGGGCGGCUAUGGCGGGCGCGAGGGGAGGAUGGGGGAGGUUGUUCAGCCGUGAGAAAGGGAUCGUGGAGGGGGCGAAGAAAAUGAUGCUGGUGAUGGCGGCAGUGGAAGUGAUGAAUUUCCCUGUGGCGACCUGCGGCGGGGUGGUGCGCGGCACCGCAAGGCCGUGUCUGGCGAUGUAUGCCAGCCUCGGAGGGUUUUACCUGGUGGCGCUGCCGUCGGCUGUGGCGAUGGGCUUCGCGAUGCGGCUUGGCCUCUGCGGGCUGCUGCUCGGCUUUUUGGUAGGCGCCAUGGUCACUGCCGGCUUGUUGGUGUUUUUCGUGUACCGAAUCGAUUGGAACGAAGAGGCAAACAAAGCAGAGCAUUUGACUGGAAAAACACCUGAUGAAAUGAACGAGAACAUCAGUGCGUAGAGAGUAACAGACAGUGGCAGCGGAUCAAACAAGGAAGAAACUGGAAGCCUUAAUUACUGUAACAGGAGCCGGAACAAGGAAGAAACUGGAAGACUUACCCUAACCAUGUCUGGAGCUUCCACCUCUCGCUGCUACAACGAAUCAGGCAAGCGAAAUCAUUUUAUUCUGUCGAUGGAUUUUUCUGAUCCACUUUUCCACUAUUGAUGCUAAAUAGUUCAUAUAUCCAACAGAAAAUCCAAAAUAAAUAAAUUGGGCCAUUAAGGGAAACUAGAUUACAACAAACCUUUCUACUCUUCCAAGGAAUGAAUAAAAGGCUAGAAAAAACAGACAUCAUGAUCACAGUUUAUGAGGCAUAACUAUGACAAGCCGGAAGAACUGAGCAAGGUUGUUUUUGUUUUUGAACGAGGUAUCUCCCAAUCCAAAUGUUGCUCUCAGGGUAUCUCCCAAUCGGGAUGGGCCAGUGGAUACCUUGUUGGGCUUCGCUAGUUGAAGCUUCACCCAGCUUUGUACUUGCUGUUGCAAGAUUACACCUCCAGAAAGCUCAACUAGAUGGGACCGGCUCUUGGGGCCAUUGAUGUGGCGGUUUCACUUUAGGUAUGGUUCGAUUGCAAUGUUCUGAACAAGAAUGAGGCAUCUCGCUCAUACAAUUCAUUUUCAAGACGGUAAUUUAUGAAGCACAUAGAUUUCCGAGUUAACUAAAAGUCACAUGCUAUUUUAACAUUUAUCGAAGGAUAUACUUGAUUUAUCCAUUCUGCCCUUCUAAUUUUUUUUUUCUCUUUUCUCUUUC